AUGCUUAAAUAUGAUAAACGAGUUCGCCCUGUUUUUAAUGCAACUGAGACAUUAAAUGUUGGAAUUAGUUUAAGUGUAUCACAAUUAAUUGAUGUUGAUGAAAAAAGUCAAAUCAUGACAACGAAUGUAUGGCUUAAACAUGAAUGGCGUGAUUAUCGAUUAACAUGGAAUCCGGAAUCUUAUGAUAAUAUCUGUAUUAUGCAUAUUCCCUCGGAUGAAAUAUGGUUACCAGAUAUUGCUUUGUAUAAUAAUGCUGAUGGAAAAUAUCAAAUAACUUUAAAAACAAAAGCAUCGGUCUAUCCAACUGGAGCUAUUGUAUGGGAACCUCCAAUGACUUAUAAAAGUAGUUGUCCGAUUAAUGUUCAAUAUUUUCCAUUUGAUGAACAAAGUUGUUCAUUGAAAUUUGGUUCAUGGACACAUGAUGGAAAUCAAGUUAAUCUAACUCAUAUUGUUUAUAAAGAUCUUGAAAUGGCACGUAAUCUUGACAAUUAUCGAGCUCAAGGUGUAUUUUUUCGUGAUUAUUAUCCGAAUGGUGAAUGGGAUAUCAUUCGUGCACCAGCAACACGUAAUCAAAAACGAUAUUCUUGUUGUUUACAACCCUAUUAUGAUAUAACAUAUGCACUUGUAUUGAAACGUAAAACAUUAUUUUAUACAGUUCAUCUAAUAAUUCCUUGUGUUGGUAUAUCAUUAUUAACAUUUAUUGUUUUUUAUUUACCAAGUCAAUCAGGUGAAAAAAUUGUUCUUUGUAUAAGUAUUGAAUUAGCAUUAACAGUUAUAUUUCCAUUACUUGCUGAUUUAAUACCACCAACAUCUGUAAUGAUACCAUUAUUAGGUAAAUAUUUAUUAUUUAUAAUGAUUCUUGUUGCAUUAUCGAUAUUAAAUACAAUUAUAAUUCUUGCGAUUUAUUAUCGAGAAGAACAUCAUGAAAAACGAAUGUCUGUAUGGAUGAGAUAUUAUUUUGUUGAAGUUUUACCACCAUUUUUAUUAUUAUCAUCAUCACAAAAACAAAAUCAAUUCGAAGAAAAUCAAAAUAAACAAACAAAAACUUUUGUAAAAUUACCUUCUGAUAAUACAUUUGAUGCGAUAUUUUCAAGAAUGUUAGAAAAUUUACUUCAUCUAGGAGAAGUUGAACGGAUUUUUUCAAAAUUUGAUACAGCUGUAACAAAAAAUAAAAAUGCUCAUGAUUGGAAACAUGUUGCUUUAGUACUCGAUCGAAUUUUAUUAAUUGUAUUUACUACAGUAUCAUUAACAGGAACUAUUGCAAUUUUAGCACAAAGAAAACGAAGUAUAAUUUCUACAAUUGACUUAAAUAAUCUCAAUCAAGGAGUUUUUAAUGCUUGUAAUUAUAUACAUCAAUAUUAA